UUCAAAAAUAUAAAAAUGUUUUCAUAUUUAAGCUUUUGAAGGCCGAGAAUGGCUGCGUUUGCUUCUUUAUCUCUACUUCAUCCUUCCCGCUCCUCUUCCCUUUCUCUGCACUCGAUCCUCGUUGUUGUUUUCUAUUCUGUCUAGGGUUCGAGUUCCGGGGUUCUCUUUUUCUUUUGUUUAAUUAAUACCUACAAAAAAAAUCAAAUCAAAUCAGUUUUUUUCCUUUUUUUAAGUUGUUUUUUUUAUUUGUUUUUCUUGUGUUCCUGUUUUUCUUUUGAUGUGGGCAUGGCGGGUUUGGAUUUAGGCACUGCAUCUCGCUAUAUUCAUCGACUCCACCAGCCGGAAUUGCACCUCCAGAGGCAACCGGAAUCUGAAGAUGACAACAAUAGGGGUCAGUUUUCCGGCGAGCGUGACGAUAGUAAUCACCAAGGACUUGAGCUUGUUGCUGCUAACGCCGGCCCCGGAGACAUCGUUGCUCGCCGACCUAGAGGCCGACCACCUGGAUCCAAGAACAGGCCGAAACCACCUGUAAUUAUUACAAGGGAGAGCGCCAACACGCUACGGGCCCAUAUACUGGAGGUGGGAAAUGGCUGUGAUGUCUUCGACUGUGUGGCAACGUAUGCUCGCCGGCGUCAACGUGGGAUCUGCAUCUUGAGUGGAAGCGGCACAGUGACUAACGUCAGCUUGCGUCAGCCGGCAGCUGCCGGUGCGAUCGUCACGUUGCACGGGCGUUUCGAGAUAUUAUCGCUAUCAGGUUCCUUCUUGCCACCUCCGGCGCCACCCGGUGCUACGAGUUUGACGAUAUUUUUGGCGGGAGGGCAAGGUCAAGUCGUCGGUGGGAGCGUCGUUGGUGCUUUGAUCGCAGCCGGACCGGUUAUCGUGAUAGCCGCCUCGUUCACGAAUGUUGCGUACGAACGGCUUCCUUUAGAUGAAGAGGAACCGCUUCAGAUACAACCCCCAGUUUCUCAGUCUUCCGGUGGUGGUGGUGCUUCCGCUGGAGCCGGUGGUGCUGGUGGCGUCAACAACCCAUUUCCCGACCCAUCAUCUGGUCUUCCAUUCUUCAAUUUGCCGCUUAACAUGGGAAAUUGUCAGUUACCCGUUGACGGCUGGGCUGGUAACCCAGGUGGCCGCCCUCCUUACUAACAAACAGAUAAUAGGUGGCUUCUCAAUCGGAAAAAUCUUUAAUCUCCACGCUGUGAAGUGAAAUCCAGCUCGGCCGAGACCGAUUGCAUCGAAGAGAUUAAGUCUGUCUUUGGACCACAGAGGUCAGCGAAUUCAUGGAUCCAUCACCAUGUAUAAUUAGUUCUUUUUUUUUUCUUUUUUCUUCUCUCUUCUUUUUCUUUUGUUUUUUUCUUUCCUUUCUCUUGUUGUUUUGGUUUUGUUUUUUGUCUUCUCUUUGGCUUCUGUAAGUCCUCCUUGUUGUUGUUCUUCUUCUUCAUGGAACUCUCUUCUUCAUAAGUAACGGGUUUGAGGAUUUGGACUUA